CACCGAACUCACACCUGCCGACAGCUCACCUCUCGGCACUGGACACCCUAUACCAAGAAUCUUGCUUUUUGAUACCUGAACUCAAUCACCCAUAAUGGCAAUCCACUCUAGACCACGUAUUUUCACACGCCUCGCGCUCCUCGUUGCGGCUGUAUUGGCUGCUACAUCUGUCGUGGACGCGACGCAGGUGAUGCAUCGGCCUGUAAAUUACAAGUUUCGGCCGGAGGAAUUUCACGCAGCGAGCAUAGAGCCGCAGAUCGUUGAGAGAAGCGCGAGCACGGGAAAGGUGCAGGCCGCCUACUUCACGAACUGGGGCAUUUACGGCGCGAACUUCCAGCCGACGGACAUUCUUCCCGCGGACUUGACUCAUAUAUUGUACUCUUUUGCGGACGUUACGCCCAGCACGGGCUCAAUCUUCCUCACGGACUCGUACGCCGAUGAGCAGAAACACUUCCCAGGUGACUCCUGGUCCGAGCCGGGCAACAACCUCUAUGGGUGCCUGAAGCAGUUGUACCUCCUGAAACUGGCUAACAGGAACCUAAAAGUACUCCUGUCCGUCGGUGGCUGGACCUACUCCCAGGCGGGCCACUUCUCCUUCGUUACCGACGCGGGUCUGCGCCAGACCUUCGUCAGCAGUGCUGUGCAGCUCAUCGAAGACUAUGGAUUUGACGGGAUUGAUCUAGACUUUGAGUACCCUGCCAAUGCGGCACAGGGCCAGGGCUUCGCGAAUCUGUAUACCUCGCUGCGCACAGCACUCGACGCCCUCGCAGCGAAGAAGGGCGACGCGACGACCUACCAGCUCACGUCUGCUGUGUCGGCCGGCGCGGAUAACUAUGCGAACCUUGUGGUUGGCCAAAUGGACAAGGCGCUGUCGUACUGGAAUUUGAUGGCAUACGACUAUGCCGGAUCGUGGUUGAGCUGGAGUGAUAACCAGGCGAACCUGUACGGCGGUGCGCGCACAGGCGUCAACACCGACUCGGCUGUCAAAUGGUUCACUUCGCAGGGCGCGACGGCUGGAAAAAUCAACAUGGGUAUACCAUUGUACGGGCGUGGAUUUGAACAGACAGCCGGGCUUGGGCAGCCGUACAAUGGUGUCGGCUCUGGAACGACGGAGUCAGGAAUCUGGUCGUACAAGGACCUCCCGUUAGCGGGCGCGCAGGUCAUUGAGAACACGACGGACGUGUCAAGCUACUCAUACGACUCGGCUAAGCAAGAGCUCAUCUCAUACGACACGCCGCACAUUGUCCAGCUCAAGGCGCAGUACGUGAUGAACAAGGGCCUUGCAGGAUCUAUGUUCUGGGAUCUGUCCACGGAUAAGGUCGGCACUGACUCGCUCGUGGGCACCAGCUCGGGUGUGUACGGCCCAGGCAACCUCGACCAAACAGCGAACCACAUCAAUUACCCGAACAGCAAGUGGGACAAUAUCCGGAGCAACAUGGGCCAGUCGCCUUCCUCGCCUGGCACGACUACUUCAGCUGGUAGCACGACGGCCACGAGCACCACUUCCAAGUCGACUAGCACGAGCACCACUUCGCCAGCUACGACUACUACUCCGCCAACUACGUCUGCUCCAGCCACGACGUCUAAGCCCGCCACGACAACCGCGCCCAGCUCAGGCGCGUGUGCGGGGGUCGCGGCAUGGGAUUCCACAGUCGCAUACACGGGAGGACUGAAGGUGACUUACAAAGGACACCUGUGGACAGCUAAAUGGUGGACUGAGGCGGAUACCCCUGGAGGGUCAGCUGACGUCUGGACCGACAGCGGCGCUUGCUGAGUGAGUGCCGAAGACAUAUAUAUCAAGGAAAGAGCGUCUUGUAUAUCAGGUCACUUUCUUUGAAAGUAGUCUUUCCUUCAACCUAACGACGAAUCAUGUACAUAAGUGUCAUACCCACAUCACUUUUCAUCGAUUGGAUUGUAC